AUGGACGAUAUUGAUGAUGCAGAGUUGGUUAGUACAAGAAAGCCCGAACAACCAACUGAAUCAGCAAAAACUUCAUCAGUUCUUGCACCGUCAGCAAAAUUCGAUCGUCAAGAAAAUGUUAUCAAAGUUCUAUUAAGCCAUGUUUAUUUUGGAAUGACAACGAAGGAAAAAUGUAUAAUGGCAAAAACUUUUACGGAUAUGGGACUUUUAUUUAGACCAACGUCUUGUCAAGUCUCUAUCUGUUUUCGUAAGAUGAGAGAUGAAGUUGUAAUUCCAUUCGGUGAAGUAUUUAGUUGUGAACUUGUUAGCGAAAGGGAAUUAGUAGUAAAAUUAAGACCAGGAUUUACCAGAGCGUAUUAUUCUCAUCCUGAUGCAUUUCCCUACAAAAAAGAACCUGUUCUUUUGAAUAAUGAUCCAACGAAUGGACGUUUUUCAGGAGUUAAUUCAUUACUCAUAAGAUCUUAUCAUGCAACAGAUUUUGAUUUUCUUUCAGAUCAUGGGUUUAAUAUAAAAAGUGAAAGCUUUAAUAAGAAAAAAACAAAUGAAAUUGUUAACGAAUAUCCAAUAGCAUCAUCAUCCAAUGGCAAUCAGACGAUACGACAAUCUGUUGAUAACUCGAUAAAUGUUUCAUCUCAACAAGCUCAACAAGCUCAACAAGAAACUUCACCUAAAGUCAUUAUUGAAAAUUAUGUCGCGGUUACUCAAAAAAUAGUUAGUAAAACUAAGACAGUUACCAAAAGUUUCGGAACGCGACAAGAUUCUAAUGAUCAACAAAACAGGCUUAAUUCUACAUCACAACGAUCACAAUCAUCACAAUAUUCAUUACGGCCUCCAUCAUCUUCAACAACCUUUAAUUCCUCGCCAUUCACACCUCUUCCUAAAUUUUCAACAAUGGCAUCUUCAACGAACCCAAAUUUCUCAGCUUCAAAAAUAUUUCAUCAACGUUUCAAUCUUCGACACCUCAAAAUUCUUCUAAUGUGCAAAAUUCGAUUCAGCACAAAAAAAAGACAGAAUGAAAAACGAGCGUUUAUUUAUGCUUCUGAUGGUACAUUGUAUCAUCUUCAUUUUGCUAUUCGUCAAAGAUUUAAAAAACAUCAAUGGAAUAAAAGUUGGUACAAAGAGGAGGGUUCAUGGCAUACAUUGGAAUGCGAAGGAGAUUGGAUGAAAGCAAAGUCGUCAAGAGAGAUUAUUAUCACGGGACAAGCAUCGCCACAGACAAAUCCUGUUAUUAAGAUUGAUUGCACUACUUAUAAGUAUUGUACAGAAAGUAAACAUCAUAACCUUCAUGAAUCAUAUUGCGAAGAAUAUAAUAAUUACGAGAAAAGAGAUGCGGACCCUUUCACUGAUGAAUUGCGUCGUUCAGGUUUAAUUCAAUUUCGAAAAAGGGAGGCUGACCCUAUUGACAAGAGGGAUGCUGGUCCUCUUCACAAAAGGGAUGCUGAUCCUCUUCACAAAAGGGAUGCUGAUCUUCAUAAAAGGGAUGCCGAACCUCUUCACAAAAGGGAUGCCAAUCCUCUUCGCCAAAGGGAUGCUGAUCCUCUUCACCAAAGGGAUGCCGAUCCUCUUCGCAAAAGAGAUGCCGAUCCUCUUCGUAAAAGGGACUCUUCUCAAAAGAAAAGGAGUCUUUUCAAACGUGAUACAACAACAACAACAGCCAGUACGCAACCGGAAACAACAUUGACACCUUUAGAACAGCAGUUAAUGGAACUCCAAAGUAUAAUUAUCAAUCCACCUCAAGUGGAACUUGGUCCAGAUGGGUGGCCAAAUAAAAGUAUUUAUGAUCCAGCAAAUGAUUCUUUGUAUUGGUGGCGUAAUGAUCCUGUAAUGAACCAGCAUCAUGAGCAUUGGCAUAUAGUGAUGAUUUCUGCCAUUGUUAAUGGAACAAGAAAGGACAGAGAAGGUGAAAAUUUUGUAUACAUGCAUAGACAUAUGUUGUCAAGGUAUGAUGCAGAACGUAUUGGUGUAGGCUAUGAUGUAGUAGAACCUUUAGUAGACUAUACCACACCGAUACCUGAGGCCUUUUAUCCCCCUCCAUUUCUGUUACAAGAUUUUAAUGGCGAAAAAGUUCCUUUUCCGGCUCGUCCUCCAAACCAAACCUUCCAUGAUAUUGUUAGUAAUGGUCAUGUAGUAAUAUAUUCUGUCGAAUUUUUGACACAUACAUUGUCCGAACUUGAGAAAUGGGUCGAAGGAAAAACUGAUGGCGAACAUCCAUUUCCUUUACUAAGCGAUGAUGAUGCAACAACGUUGGGUAGUGAGAUUGAGAUCAUAUUGCAUAAUAUCGGGCAUGCUAUGCUCGGUUAUAUUAUGCAUCCAUAUUCUAUCAAUUAUGCUCCAAGUGUGCUUGUUGGUGCACGAGCUGGGUUACGUGAUCCUUUAUUUUGGAGAUGGCAUCGUCACUUAGACAACAUUUAUAGAAAAUGGCAAGAUUCUUUGGGUCCUUCUGACUUUCAUAACGAUGCUCCUAACGUUACCAUAAGACCAACUGAUAUAUACUUUGCUUUUACUGACGUACUACUUGAGGUUUAUCCCGAAGGUCGAAAAGAUAAUUGGCUUAGUUUUGCUAAUCAAAUUUUUGGUGGCGAUAAUUUUGAUCGUGAUUUAUCAAAUAGUACUUUUGUAACUAACGAAUUGCACACAAAAAUGAAAAAUAGAAUACUUGUUUGGAGAGAAGAUAAUUAUGAUAAAGAAAAUAUUACUUAUCUUUAUCCAAGAGAUUGGCAAUACUUCAUUCGCGUAAGAAACGAUAAGAACGAAACUGUAGCAAUUACAUUACGUAUCUUCAUUGUUCCUGAAGCGGUUGCUGAUUCUAGAGUUCACUGGAUCGAAAUUGAUAAAUUUAAAAGAUUUUUAAACCCUUAUGAAAAAGCCGUAAUAGUACGUGAAUGUGAUAAAGCCGUCGUAAUUAGGAAACCUGCUCAAAGAACUGAAGAACAAAUGGAUUCGACCCAAAUAACAAAUGAGACAAGAAAAAUUACUGAAGGUCAUGAUGAAGCAGAGAUUGCUGAAUUGUUAUUUUGUGAUUGUGGUUGGCCAUAUAAUUUAAUGAUACCAAGAGGAAGUAAAGAAGGAUUAAAAUUUAAAAUCAUUGUUUUUAUUACUGAUGGUACAGAUGAUUUAAUUCCUACUUAUGAUGAAUGUGGAAGUACUCUACUGUGUGGUGCUCAUAAAUGGAAUGAUAAAAUUCCGGAUAUUAGACCUUUAGGAUAUCCAUUUGAUAGACCGUUUAAAAAUAAUUCUUAUAAACAAACAUUUGAAGGAUUAAAUAAUGUAGCUAUUAGGGAUUUUACUAUUGUAUGGACUGACACUGAUUUUCGAGAAGUCUAG